AUGUCCAACUCCUCGAAGGUCGUGAAAGUCAUUUUGUUAGGAGACUCUGCUGUCGGAAAGUCUAAACUUGUUGAAAGAUUUUUAAUUGAUGGUUAUCGGGAACAACAACAAUCAACAUUUGCGUUGAAUAUAUUUCCUUAUAGAGCAAAAAUAGAUGGAGAGGAUUGUGAUGUUGAAUUUUGGGACACUGCUGGUCAAGAGAGAUUCAAUAAUGUACAUCCUUCGUAUUAUCAUCAAGCACAUGCUUGUAUUCUUGUUUUUGAUGACCGACAAAUCACUUACAAAAAUUUAGAAAAGUGGUACAACGAGUUGCAAACAUAUAGAAAGGGUAUUCCAGCUAUUGUGGUGUGCAAUAAGAUUGAUUUAAAUAUGGAUGUGACAAAAACAACUUUCAAUUUCGCAACCAAGAGAGAACUUCCGUUGUAUUAUGUUUCAGCAGCUGAUGGCACCAACGUGGUAAAGGCUUUCACCGAUGCUCUUAAAUUGGCCAAGAAAUGCAGAGACAAUCCAGAGAAGGAAUUUGUUGAUGAUGUAUUGGAAUUGUUAAAAGAUUAA